UGAUACAAGAAGUUAGGCAGCGUAAAUAUCUUUUAUCUAUUUAAAAAGCGGGGGUUUGGGGGCUCCGCCUGGGAUCGGGGGCAAGUGAGACAAGAGCCACAGUCCAAACCUCCAAAGCCAUUGACACCCCCGAUCAACGUUCAGUCCAGGGCAGCAGCCGGCCGAGGAAUCGCAUUAGGAAAAGGGCUGCAGCUGUGGAUCAGCUGCUGUUGCUGCCGCCGCCGCCGCCGCUGCGAGGCAGGGGAGGAGUUUAAAGGGGAUCAGGAAGCAACGGAGAGUCUAACACCUCUCCCCUGCUAUGGCUGGCUAAAGAAAAAUCAUCAUAACCAUAACAAGAAGAGGGGGGGGGAGGCGGAGAGAAGGCAGAGAGAGUGAGCCAGCCGAGCAAGCGAGGGGGUGGUGGGGGAUCAGCAGCAGCAGCAUGAGAAGGCGAGCUGAUCUGGGGGGCAACAUGAGGUCAGUGGUGGGCUUCUUGUCCCAGAGGGGCUUGCAGGGAGACCCCCUGCUCACCCAGGACUUUCAGAGGAGACGCCUGCGAGGCUGUAGAAACCUCUACAAGAAGGAUCUCCUGGGCCACUUCGGCUGUGUCAAUGCCAUUGAAUUCUCCAACAAUGGAGGCCAGUGGCUGGUCUCAGGUGGAGAUGACCGCCGAGUUCUACUGUGGCAUAUGGAACAAGCCAUCCACUCCAGAGUCAAGCCUGUUCAGCUGAAAGGGGAACAUCAUUCGAACAUCUUCUGCCUAGCUUUUAAUAGUGGCAACACCAGAGUAUUUUCUGGAGGUAAUGAUGAACAAGUGUUGCUCCAUGACGUUGACAGCGGUGAAACCUUGGAUGUAUUUGCCCAUGAAGAUGCAGUGUAUGGGCUCUCUGUGAGUCCCGUGAAUGAUAACGUUUUUGCAAGCUCAUCUGAUGACGGCAGAGUUCUCAUUUGGGAUAUCAGAGAGUCUUCGCAGGGAGAGCCCUUCUGCUUGGCUAAUUAUCCAUCAGCCUUUCACAGUGUGAUGUUUAAUCCAGUGGAGCCCAGGUUACUUGCCACUGCCAACUCAAAGGAAGGUGUAGGACUCUGGGACAUUCGCAAGCCUCAAAGUUCCCUGCUCCGGUAUGGUGGGAAUCUAUCACUUCAGAGUGCCAUGAGUGUGCGGUUUAACAGCAAUGGAACACAGCUGCUUGCUCUCAGACGUCGGCUGCCACCAGUCCUUUAUGACAUCCACUCCCGUCUGCCUGUCUUCCAGUUUGACAACCAAGGAUACUUUAAUUCUUGUACCAUGAAAAGCUGCUGUUUUGCAGGUGAUCGCGAUCAGUACAUCCUCUCUGGCUCUGAUGACUUUAAUUUAUACAUGUGGAGAAUUCCUCCAGACCCAGAAGCAGGUGGAAUCGGCAGGGUGGUUAAUGGUGCAUUUAUGGUAUUGAAAGGUCAUCGUUCAAUUGUGAAUCAGGUCCGAUUUAAUCCCCACACCUACAUGAUCUGCUCCUCAGGUGUAGAAAAGAUUAUAAAGAUCUGGAGUCCUUACCGGCAGCCUGGUUGCACAGGAGAUCUAGAUGGUAAAAUUGAGGAUGAUUCCCGUUGUCUGUACACACAUGAAGAGUACAUUAGUCUUGUACUUAACAGUGGCAGUGGCCUGUCUCAUGACUAUGCUAAUCAGUCAGUCCAAGAGGAUCCACGGAUGAUGGCCUUCUUUGACUCCUUGGUCCGUCGAGAGAUUGAGGGAUGGAGCUCUGAUUCCGACAGUGACCUUAGUGAAAGCACAAUCCUGCAGCUCCAUGCUGGAGUAAGCGAGCGUUCAGGGUAUAGUGAGUCUGAGUCCUCCACAUCUCUGCAUCACUCCCCACCUCACAUGACGGAAGAAUCUGAUGAAGCUGCCUAUAACUUGGGAACCUUGAGAUCUACCGAAUCUCCACCAGCCAGAGAAGCUGUGGCUUCUCGCCAGCAACGUUUGUCUGCACUGAGGAGGUACCAAGACAAGCGUCUCUUGGCCCUUUCUAAUGAGUCUGAUUCUGAUGAAAAUACCUGUGAGACGGAGCUGGAUGCUGAUCUCUUCCCGAGACCCAGGUCCCCAAGUCCCGAAGAGAAUGACUCAAGCAGCUCCAGCAGCAGCAGCACAGAAGAUGACGAGGAACUGAAUGAGCGCCGUGCCUCAACCCGGCAACGCAACGCACUAAGGCGCAGGCAGAAGCCACAAAAGGAAGAAAGGACUAAUGCAAAUGCCAGCACAGGAAACACAAGUACCUACUUAGGUGAAGACCUCUAUGAUUAUCCCCAGAUCAAAGUGGAUGACCUCUCUCCUUCUCCAGCCUCAUCUCCCGAAAGGAGUACUGCAAAUACUGAGGUCCGCAAAGAGAAGGUCUCUCCUUGCUCAGAGAGUGAAUCUGUAGACAGGAAGAUCUACAAAGCUUUCAGGUGGCUCCACUAUUCUUAUAUGUCUUACGCGGCUAACAAAGAUGGUGAAACUUCGCAUGGAGGUGGUGAAAGUGAAGGGAGACCCGGAACGAGCAGAAAAACCCAAGGUGGGCAGGAUCCCUCUACUGAAAACCGCAACAAGGAAACCUUCAAGGAACGUAGCUCGGCAGAAAAUUCUAGAAAUGGUCAAGAUCAUGAAUGCGAUAAUCAGUGGCAGCUGGAGGAUCAAGAGAACGUCACCCAAGGGAACGGAAGCAGUGGGACUGUGGAGCAUUCGUUUGAGAUGAAGAAGCUCAAUGGAAAGGCCACAUGCAAAGGCCGAAGUAGUUGCACUGAAGAGCCAUGCAGCCAGCCUGCAGGAUUUGUGGAGCAGAAAAGUAACCAGAAUUGUCAACCUGCAUCCAGCCACAACCCACUGGUUGUCUCUAAGGAUUCAUUUUCCACCACUGCCACUUGUAGUGGAUCUGGAAAUUACUCUAGAAACCCAACAGAUGACAAUGAGGACAGGAACACGGACAAUUCCUGUGCAAACCACAAUAAUGGUCACUUGCACCCUCGCUCUUCUUACCUUAGUAACGGACAGAAUUUUGGAGAGCAGGAGGCUGUGGCCCAAGGAAGACAAUUACACUUAAAUGCUGAUAAUGGCAGCCUUGUGCAGACAUGCACAUCCUUGCACAAGGAAUGCAGCCUGUCUGCAACAGACUCUCCCAGUCACACCGUGAGCACGAAAGAGGAAGCUGCUGAGUUGCAUCUUCCGGGCAGUGAUGGCUCGCAGAUCCGUGGGCGACAGAAAAGGCAUAGAACAGAGUUUGAAGACACAGAUUCUGAGAAGUCUUCCUCGGAAAAGAAGUUAAAAACACAUGCAGCCUGGGUUUGAAAUGUCACAUUUCCAGUUCUCCAUUCCAUUCUCCAGUGGGUCUAUUUUAAAUUGCCAGGGGCUAUGUUGUAUAAAAAAAUCUAAUCAACCUUUAAAAUGAGACUGAGUAUUGUGUACCCUUACAAGGUUCUGUUCAAGUAAAUCCUUAUUCAGACAGUUGACUUAUUCUCGUGUGAUGUGUGGUGUUUGUUCAGCUAGCUACCUAACGUAGCUAUUGUAAAUUUUACUCUUCUGAAAAGAAUUAUUUGCGUGUUGAUACUGUGGGUUUUAUAGUCUCAUUGACUUGAGUGAUAGGCAACUGACAUCUAUGACUGAUGCUUCUGGGGUGUUUUUCUGCACAUGAAAAUGGGAGCAAAUUGGGUGCAGCCUUCUAACCCUCUCCCGUGCUUCUGAAGUCUUAAAGAAGAGUGACUGUUUGAUUUGAUGGAAGCAUCCUCAUGGUUUAUGUAUGUAAAGUAACAUCACACAGCUGUUUGUACUUAAAGUAAUCCAAUUACUCAUUCAAGAGGCAGGAUGGUUUUGUUUGAAACUGUUAAGGUAGUAUCCAGAAUGACCUUGCUUUUUUCCCUUCUUCUAAAGUUAAGCCUCUCCUACCACAAAGUAGCCAUAUUUGUCAUUGGAUUAAAAUGUAGACGCCACUCCAAUUGAAAUUCACUAGAGGUAUAAUCUGGAAGCACUGCUGUACUUCCAAUGGCUUCAUUUGCUGUCCCUAAACUAUUACUUCAUUUACAGAAUAACUUGCAGCAAAGCUACACAAAUCUUGUAUGCAGCUACAACUCUUGUGUCUGCAUGAUACUGGUGAUACAGUCCAGGAAAGAUGGUUGGUGUAACUCGGAGGAGAAAAAUGCAUAUUGAUGUACCUAACAAGCUAACUGUGAGCAUAAACUGAAUCUUGAGACCCGGUUCUCUCUUCUUUUCUUUUCCUUUUUUAAAAUAACUGCUCUUCUUUGGAACAGUAGGCUGACUUUAGAAACCCUGGUUUUACAAGUCCUGCACUACAGUUCAAAAGGUGCAGAUUGAUGUAUGGUUUCCAAUUAAACAAAUAUUUUUGUGUGUA